AAAAAGUUAACAGUCAAGUUUCAGAUAUGAUAGAACAAGCGUUAGACGAUAACAUCUCUGAAAAUGAUGAGGAGGAUAGUUGUUUCCAAGACGUUGAUAUUUUACAAAAGCAUGGUAUAAAUGUCGCUGAUAUAAAAAAAUUAAAAGGAGCGGGAAUUUGUACAAUUAAAGGCAUACAAAUGUGUACGAAGAAAAAACUUUGUAACAUCAAAGGAUUUUCCGAAACAAAAGUAGACAAAAUCAGAGAAGCGUGUUUAAAAAUCAUUACUUUAGGUUUCAUGACUGCCCUAGAAGUAAGCGAUCGUCGCAAGCAUGUAUUUAAAAUUAGUACAGGAAGUACUGAAUUUGAUAAACUCCUAGCCGGUGGUAUUGAAUCAAUGGCAAUAACAGAGGCGUUUGGAGAGUUUCGGACAGGAAAAACACAGUUAUCCCAUACUUUAUGUGUUACAACGCAAAUACCUAAUUCGUCAGGUUUCAGUGGCGGAAAGGUUAUGUUCCUGGACACUGAACAUACAUUUCGCCCCGACAGAUUGCGCCCAAUUGCUGAUAGAUUUAAUCUGGAACAGACUGCCGUCCUUGAUAACGUGUUAUAUGCAAGAGCAUAUACUUCUGAACAUCAGGCAGAACUCUUGGACUUUGUCGCUGCUAAGUUUCACGAAGAAGCCGGCGUGUUUAAGCUGUUGAUCAUAGAUUCAGUGAUGGCGUUAUUUCGAGUUGAUUUUUCCGGACGUGGUGAACUUGCGGACCGCCAACAGAAGCUUGCUCAAGUCCUAUCUCGAUUGCAAAAGAUUUCGGAAGAAUAUAACGUAGCGGUUUUCAUAACAAAUCAAAUGACCGCUGAUCCUGGCGCUACGUUGUCAUUUCAAGCUGAUCCCAAGAAACCCAUCGGUGGGAAUAUUCUCGCGCAUGCUUCAACAACCAGGUUAUAUCUUAGAAAAGGUCGGGGAGAAAACCGAAUCGCCAAAAUAUACGAUUCACCAGACUUGCCUGAGAGCGAAGCAACGUUUGCUAUAACAAACGGAGGAAUUGCCGAUGCUAAAGAUUAA